AUGACCAACCUGUUUCGGCUGGGACAACAGGCUACCCAAAACGCCGCUCAAGCCGUCCGAGACGCUCAAGAAAACAUCCCACCUCAAGAUGUGCAAGUAGCACCUCUAUCGUUCGAUGCCAUACUGAACAGCAUACCUUGUCGAGUCACUGUUGAACACAACCAGCACAAGACCGACAAGGCACCCAAAAGCGACAUAGGGCCAAAUGCAGAAGUAUGGAAGAGGUACGUGCUGGAGACAGACCGUGCCGACAAAGAACUAGUUGAGGGUUGGAACAACUCGCUAGACAUGCUCCUGAUCUUUGUACGUUCACUUGCUUCGGUAACGCUGACCUCUAACGUCAGGCCCAUGUGGUCACAGGCAGCACUGUUCUCAGCCAUAUCUACAGCGUUCAUACUCGAGAGCACACAGGACCUGAAGCCAGACUUUGCCGAGGUGUCCGCUCACACUCUAGCCGCUAUCCUCGCAGCAGUGUCAUCCGGAAGCACAGCUAACAGCUCUGACAUCCCGACCAUGGAUCAGUCUGAGUUUUCGCCCAGUGCCGCCGCCAUUCAGGUCAACAUUCUGUGGUUCACAUCACUCAGCCUCAGCGUGGCUGUCGCACUGAUCGCGAUUGUUGCAAAGGACUGGUGCUACCAGUUCAUGGCCACGAGAACAGGACCGGCCUUGGUACAGGGAAGACGUCGACAGCUACGAUGGGAAGGCAUCGAGCAGUGGAGGAUGCGGGAGAUACUGAACGUGCUGCCGCUGAUGAUGCAUGCAGCCCUAUUACUCUUCGCGAUCGGACUGUCGCUGUACCUGUGGGACAUCAACCCUCAGGUUGCACUACCCGUGGUGGUGACCACGGUGGCAGUGGGAGUGUUCUACUUUGUGACGCUACUCCUACCGCUGUUCUUUCGAUACUGCCCGUUCACGACCGGACCGAUGAAGCUGAUCCUGCCAUACUGGUACAAGGUCGCGAGGCCUACGCUCAAGUUGGUGCUUGAGUGCCUCGGAUGGCUAGUUGUACCGUUUGUUGCUUUAUUUGCGGUGAUGAAACAAUGCCUGAAGAGGAGCCCGACACGGAGAUGGAACCUGAAAGCUGAAGGUCGAAAGUCAGGCCUUCGUCACUGGGCUGCUCAGCUUUCGUUCAUCGGCUGCUGGGACGAAUCUAAGCAGCUGGUUGCGGGGCGUGUAAAACUAAUAUCCGACAGCUUCAUGGUCGAUAGGUCCCAACUAGACCGCCAAGACACACCUAUGGAUAGCACUACAAGCUCAAUGCUCGGGUGGAUGAUCGCUCAGUGCGAGAACCUGGACUCAGUCGACAUCGCCCUGAAGUCACUUCUUUGUACCAAGCCUUGGCUACCCCGCGUGCCACUGCAGAAGUGUGGUGCAUUUGAAGCUACGUUCAUGCGAAUGAGCACAGAUCUGGUUGCAUGGACUUCUAUCAGUGACUCGAAAGGGCCUGAAAGUGAGAAGCUGAAGGAAAGCGUGCUUGUGCAGUCGCAGUACCUGUCUAUGAUGAGCCAUACAGAAGUCAUCAAGAAGCCGGACGGGUAUCUGGAAACCUUGCAUGAGUUAUAUCAGGUCAUAGAUCAGUGCUGGAACACAGAUCAUAACUACAGGCGAGCUUCGAAAGAGCUAGGAAGCCUGUCGCUCCAUCUCUCUGACCAAUGGGAUCGGGAGGAUCGCUACCGGGAACAGCUUGAUCGACAAUGGAAGCUAAUUGGCAUGAUCAUCAAGAAAGUCGUCGAUCUCUCUGCCGCAGACAUCACCCAUCUCGUCGAAGGCAUUGCAAAGUCCUACAUAUAUGCGCCUGAUCAGUCUCCUACCCCUCUUGUAGUGCUGCUUAACAUCCAACCAUAUUCACAAGACAAAGACAUUUGCCGUAUGAUCGGCGUUGCAUUGACCAUGGCAUAUAUCGAGAAACAUGGCAGCCAUAGCCGAGAUCUCACUACCAAUCGCGUCCCUCAACAGAGCCGAGCCAUGAAGACGUACCUUGACCUGACCGCCACAGCUCCCACAGAUGACCGAUGGCAUACCUGCGAGCGGCUCUUGCUAUUUGGACUGACUUCUACGUUGGUUAACUGCGUAGAGUCGACAGACCGUAGCAAUAUCCAGACAUCGGUAGACAUCAUAUGCGACCAGGAACGCCAAAUUCUCCAACCCAGCAGUCUCAGUCUCGCUUAUCUGACCCUGCCGCAAGACUCGCUCAUAACGCUAAUCAACUUGGUCUUCCCAGACAUGGACUCAGGCACUCAUGUCGCUCCACCGGUCAUCACGACACCUUCACGCACAAGCGGUGACGUUGCAAUCGAAAUGAGCGACCCUCCGCCCACAGCUGGUCUCGAACUCGACAAAGUAGAGCCAUCCAGCACCGUCAAGAUGGAUCCCAGCGACCCAAGCAGAAUGAAGCUCGCCAAAUGCCUUCUCGCUUUUGCACGGGACGUAUCCAAUCAAUACUUUCUUCAAGAUGACUCCACCCCAUGGAAACCUGCGGAAGAUACAUUGCACUCAGCCGUAGACGCAAUCAUUCGAUCCAACCUUCACAUCCACGCAUACCACACUAUCCACUCCCAGACCGGUGACCUUGUCCCGUAUUGCAUGUCCUCCCUCUGGGCGUUUACAUGGGCACUACUUUGGAAAUGGCGGGUGACGAGCGGGUCGAUCGAGCUGGAUAUCCCGUCGGUACUUGGCCCGCUACGUGUUUCUCAGGGCGACCUACCUGCGUAUGUCGAUGGGAUGGGGUAUACUGAUAGCUGGGUGGAGAAGAUACGGCUGGCUUGCGAACAGAGUCCACAGAGCGUAUUGGACAGUCAAAUCUUGGAUUGGAUGAUUAUUUUCUACCAAUCCUACAGCGAGAGUGACCAUGGACCCAGCACAGCAGACGCGUCCGGUUCCGAGCCUCCCAAGACCUGGCGAAGCAUUCUAGAGGACUUACAUAAGGCUUGCAAAGACAGAGUAGCCCAGUCGGCCCCAAACAACAAUCAAGACCGACACCCACAUGAAACGCCCCCAGCCGAGGGUGCAAACGAUCGUUCGGCUCAGACGGAUGCCGGCGGGGUGGCUCAAGAUGGCGAGCCGGAAGACAGCGACCGUGCACAUGCCGAGAUGCAGCUAGAUUGUCUCUCGCCGUAG